UGGAAGAGAAGACAAAAACAUUCCUCCACAGCCGUCCGCCUAACUUCUCACACUCAGGGACUCUUUGGGCAGAAAACCACUUUGCACACAUGAAUCCUUUCAAAUAAUUUCAAACUUUCCUUGAUUGUUGAGCACGAAAGAGUGGAUUCAGAACCAGAGAUGAAUUACCAAAGCGCUCACCUUAAUGAGAGAGAGUCCAGUGUUUCUGCAGCAGCUCUGCUAAGUGAGGAAGGGUAUGAAGGGGGCCGCCAUCUAGGGGAAUCGAUUGAAAACCGGCUUAGCAUAAAAGAUUUUACUGCAAUUCAAAACCUGUUUAAGUCCCCAGAGUUAGAGCCUCCGGAGUGUAUGAGCAAGGAGCAAUUCACGGAGAGGACAUACACAGCCGUGGGGCGCGGUGCGAAGGAGGAAUAUGGGGAUUUAUUUGAUAAAAUAGAUGUGAGUCGCGAAGGUUUCAUUGAUUGGGACAAAUUAACAUCCUUCAUGCUGCUUGAGCUUUACGAGAAAGAUGAACGAGUAAAAUCAUCAGUAAUUCCCCAGUGGAGGGAUAUUCACAGCCUCCCAUUAAUUCACAAGGAAAACAUCCAAAAAGUAGUUUAUUUGAAAUGUUCUUGUCGCUACGUAAGUUUGAGUAAAGAUGGAUUACUGGCAGUCUGGGGAGAGAAUCUAAAACUACAAAGAAGCCUGCGAAUCUGCACAGACACCGUCAAGCUGAAAGAUGUAUGGGCCACCAGCUUGGUGUUCCUGGCCAAUGUAAACAAGAUUGCAGUUGCUUUCACCAGUAAGGAGAUAUGUUUCUAUGAUCUAAACUCAAAGCAAGACCUAUUUUGCCAGUACAAGCUGCAAGGCCUUCCUGGCACCCCAAUAUGUAUGGACUACUGGCACAACCCUGAUGAUGGCAAUGAUGCCAUGCUGGCAUUUGGAGAUGUCAACGGACAGGUCCAGGCUAUAUGUUUCACAGCUGCAAUGAUUUCCUUGUUUGAACGAUCUGCAAAUUCUGCAGAGGAUCAGCAAACUACCCUCUAUAUUACUUGGAAUGAAUUGGUUUCUGGGUUCCACAAAUGUUGCUCUAUUUUUAAACACAAACUACAUGAAAACAACUGGGUGCGCCAAGUUAGUUACAGCUCUCAUUUAGAGGCCUUUCUGUCGUGCACUACAUGUAACAGUAACACUGUGGUUUUGGCCUGGAGAGAAAAAGGCAAAACACAUCUAAGUACAACAUCUCUGAACAUUGCUAAAGGAAUUAAUGGCUUUGACUAUGAUUCUGUACUAAAUAUAAUUGCUACUGCUGGAAUUGAUAACAAGAUUUGUCUUUGGAACCCCUAUGUUAUCUCCAAACCCACUGGAGUUCUGCAAGGCAAUAUGGCUAGUGUGAUUACUGUCAAAUUCAUUGCCAGUCGCAAACAGCUUUUCAGUUUUUCUAAAGACAAGGUGCUGAGGAUAUGGGACGUUCAUCAUCAAGUGUGCAUACAGCGCAUAGCUGGAAUCUUCCCCAAAACUCUGGAAUUCCAGUUAUCCUUCUAUUUCUAUGAGCCGCAUGGACGUCUCUUUCUAUCUUUCAACAAUCAGCUGUCUGUUUUAGAGAUGAAAAAGGAGACCAGCAAAAGAGUUACAAGUCAUGAGAAGCCAGUAACCUGUGUGCUGUACAACGCUACAUUCAAGCAGGUAAUAAGCUCUGACACGGGAUCGACAAUUACCUUCUGGAUGAUAGACACUGGACGGAAAAUCAAACAGUUUUCAGGCUGUCAUGGCAAUGAAGAGAUUAGCACCAUGGCUCUAGAUGCAAAUGAAACAAGGCUUUUAACAGGGAGCACUGACGGAACAGUAAAGAUAUGGGAUUUCAAUGGACAUUGUCACCAUAAAUUAAAUGCUGGAAAAGACAAAGCGGCUGAAAUCUCUCAGAUACUUGUGCUGAAGAGAGCUAUACUGGUGGUCGGAUGGGAAAGGAUAAUUACAGUUUUCCGCCGGAACUCUUUAACUCAAUAUCUUGUUCAGCCUUCAGAAUGGAAAGGCGGAGUUCAGCACCAUGAUGAUAUCUUAUGUGCAGCAUUUUUACCCCCCCAAAGCCUGGUCACAGGAAGUUAUGAUGGAGAAAUGGUCGUUUGGAAUAACAAUACAGAAAAUGCUUCCAGAAAACUUCACCCUGACCCUGCGAAAGCACUGCGGUCAAAAUCAGACUCUCAUCUCCAUAGUGCUGGGAGAAGAAGCAUCUCAUUGUCAUCUUCUGGAAGAUAUACACGCUCCUUUAGUGGCUUCUGCAACACAGACUCUGACAGCAAUAAUACUGUAACAAGAUUGUUCUUCCUUGGGGCAAGAAAACAUAUCUCAGCAACAGGUGGUGCAAACUUGGUGUCUUGUGGAGGAUCUGGCUAUGUUCGAUUUUGGAAUAUAUUUAAAAACCAAUUAAUGUCAGAGUUUGUAGCUCAUGAAGGGGCAAGUUUUAUAGUUAUGACCAUUGACAAAACAAACAACUAUCUCAUAACAGGAGAUCUUGAUGGAUGGAUAAAAAUUUGGAACAUACAGGAGUACUGCAUUCAUUACAGCGAAAACAAGAGUUUUGACGUCCCUCCUAUAGUUGCAUCAUUCCAGACUCACGCUGAUUGUGUCACACACGUAGAAACCUGCGCACACAGCUGUGGUCUCCUGAUCAUUUCCUGUUCUGCAGACUGCAGUAUAUGUGUCAGUGAUGUACUUGGGAAUCUAAUUGGAGUAUUUGGACAGGAGGAGCACUGGAGAAUUGAGAAAAGCCCUCUAGUACUUACAGCUGAUAAUGAAUUAGAAAGCGAUGAGGAAACAACAAAGGCCGUGGCCUCCCCCCAUGAUCAAACAUCAGUACAAGCUGAAACUCAUCUUCUAAAUCUACUCGCUGAAGACAAAGAUGACUUGCCCUUUAAAUACAGUCCAUGGGAAAACACAAUUUUAGGUAGAAAAUAUAGAGAAAAUGGUUUAAAAGAAAAAUUCCAUUCAAACUUCAUUGGUGAUUCAGUCCAAAAUGCAAUCGGUACCUUUAGCUUGUUAAACAUAGGUUCUCUGCAGGAUACAGAUGAAAUGAGCAAACCUGAUUUUGUCAUAAAUCCUGACAAAUACUUUGGAGAGAAGACAGAAUAUAACACAUCUAGCAUUGUAGAAUUACCUACGUUCACAGAAACACUGAAGGUUGUUUUUGAUGAAGGAAGCCUCUUCCCAAGAGAAAUUUUGGAACGUGAGCUAAAAGCAAAACAACUAAAUGAGAAAAUGUUUCAAGAGUGCAAUAUAAAGAGAAACAAGAAAACAGCCAGGCAGAAGGAAAAGUAGCACAUUCUGGAGACCGUGUGAAUGGUUACUAAUGUUGUUAUUAUUUGUAGUACAGUAAAUAAAAUAUCUAUAAACAA